AUGGCUGCCGACGACCACCCACCGACACCGGUUACACCGGUUGAUAUUGACGCAAAUGCACAGCGGAACAGUGAGCAGCAGAACAGCAGUGAAGGACAUAGUUUUGCAUCGAGGUCAAGAACCGAGCUGGUGAACCGCGCUCGGUCUUUCCUGAACUCCCCACAAGUUCGGGACGACACGAUCGCGGCCAAGCGGUCAUUCCUGGUGGAGAAGGGUCUGACACCAGCAGAGGUCGACCUACUGAUAGGGGAAAUACCAUUGCAUGCCCCGCCUAUUCCGCCGAGAACGUAUCCUCCACCACCCGCGUCAAAUCUACCCUAUGUUCUCCUCGGCAUAUUCAGGAUUUUCAGCUGGAUUGCAGGGGGUUCCGCUGCUGUUCUGCUGCUAUACUAUAGAUUCAUCUUGCCACGGCUGGCACACUCGUAUCAUGCCCGACACUCGCUCAGGACACAUCAGGCGUCACUCAUGGAGAAGCUCAACAAUUCCAUACAAUCACUCCGCGAGGUUCAAACCGAGACUUUCUCCCUGCUCCCUGCACCGGAACGUUUUUUGGAAGCUACUCCCUUCAAGGACUGCACAACGCUGGAUGAACUUUUCUCUACGGAGUCUUCCAAGGGCACCAUCCCCGAUGUAUCACUGCUAAGAUGUGCAAUUCAGGACGUCAUUGCUGCCCAAGAAGGAGUCAAAGGCGCUUCAACCGACCAAAUAUUCGCACUCCUCGAAUCAAAGGACGCGUCGUUCGGCGGCGAGAAAGGUGCGGGAAAGAUGAGCUCACUCUGGGAGACUCUGAAUACAUGUCCCGCGUUCCACCUUUCCAGAGAAGAUCCGAACAUAGCAUUGUGGUCAUACGACGCCCCUCCGCCGUCUUCUCCGUCGCCACCACCGCCUCUACUCUCAUCUCUUGAGCAUCUGAACCAGUCUCUUGUUAACCCUACACCGGAGCGCCCACACCAGCAUGUCCUCCAGUCACUCAUCGACCUCACGGGCUACCUUACGGCGCAGGCGUACUCGCUCGGUAACUAUCGCACUUCCAUUGGUUUCGGAUCUUCGACGACGCUGGACCCGCAACAAGAGGACAUCAGACGUGAGAUUAGGGCACUCAAAGGCCUUGUCCUUAAUCGACGCUCGUUCUUGCCAAGUAUUCCCCGACCAAACAGCGUACCCAUCCCGCCAGCGGCCCGCCAGUUGUAA